AAGAUUGAGUCUUCUCAUUGGUCUUCUAUAAGUAGACGUCACUUUUGCUUCUGUGUUUAUCGCCGGCACCGUCGCCUCCGCAGAAGCUCCGGUUGCAAACUCUCCGGAUGAAGAUGAAGAAGGAGAGAGAAGUAGUGUUAAUGGGUUCAAAUCAGUCACCUCAAAGUCCAAGUCCAAGAAGUAGAAGAAGAAGCUUCUGUAAUGGCAACAUGUCCACCAUGCCUGUCUGGCUUCUUUCAAAUCUUGCUGAUUUGGAAGAAAGAAUGAAGAAUUUAGAAAUCAACAAGAUUGAAGCAGAGAAUGAAGGUGACACUUUUGCUGAACGUGCUGAAUGUUACUACAGAAAACGCCCUCAGCUUCUAACUCUACUCCAAGACUUGUACAAUUCCUACAUUAACUUGGCGGACAGAUACAAACAAGCAAUCAACAAGCACAACCAUCACCGACAAGUCUCAAGCAUCGACUUUGAUUGCAAAGAAUAUGGACAACAUGAAGACUUUGACGGUAUCAGCAGUGAGAUUGAGUCAGAGGUGGAGAGUUCACUGUCUUACCAGCAGCCUCCAAUCGUGCAAAUGGCACAGGAUGAUAGUACAGCAUUGCAAGUUGAUGGUAUUGUUCUAGAGUUUGUGAUGAAGAAUGUGGAGUUUGAAAUCUUACUCCACGAGCUCACCGGAAUGGAAAGACGCAGCUGUGAGUCGUCGAGGAAGAUAGAGCUGCAGAAGAGUUUGCUGGAAGUGUUGGAGUCGGAGAGGCUGAUUUUGCUGAAUGAGAAUGCGAGCUUGGGGUAUAGAGUGGCUGCAUUGGUGGAAGAGAACAAGGGGUUGGUGUCGGAGUCGCUGUUCAUGAAGAGGAGGGCUGGCGAGUUGGCCAGGUGUGUUUUGAGGAUGAGGGAGGAUCAAAGGGUGAGCAUGUUGAGCCGUAAAAUUGAAGAUCUUCAGGGACAGAUCUUUGGAUUGGAGAAAAGAAACAAAGAGUAUUAUGACCAGCUGGUAAAGAGAGAGCAACAACUUCCUGAUGACGAUAGUACUGCAAAGACGACAGAGAAGAAUGGGAAUGAGGUGGCGUUGGAUGCUUGCUUCCAAAUGGGGAAGCUGAACCGGAGGUUGAUGAAGAAAGCAAUUACUGAUAGGCAUAGAAAUUGGGUUGCGAAGAAGAGUGGAAGUUGGUGGACAAGAGUGAAGAAAAUGGACUUGUUUCUGUGUGGGCUCAAUUGAAUUUGAACUGGUUUCUUGAUUGCCUAAUUGGUAGAAUCAAGCUUGUGGAGCAUCUCCUCCACCUCUUAGGCCUAACUAUUUAGCAUAAGAACUUAUCGUAUAUACCGUUAGUACGUAGUGGGAAAAAAUAUAUAUAUAUAUGAAACGCUUCAUAAUUAAAAUUAUUAUUUAUAUAUAUAAUAUACAGUAUUUAUGGCAUGGUUGAGAGUCUGA